AUGGGAGGGGAGUGUUUCCCAUUUACGAUGCAAGUGGUAAGAGGCAGAUGGUUCACAGUUUAUGCCUCCAUGUUGGUCAUGUGCGGGGCUGGAACAACCUACAUCUAUAGUCUCUACAACAAAAAUAUUAAACUUCUUGGAUAUGAUGAAGACGAAAUGAGUAAUAUAGCUUUUUACAAAGAUGUUGGAUCAUGCCUGGCGGUUUUCAAUGGCCUCAUUGUUGAGGUGAUACCAACAUGGCUAGGGCUCUUCCUCGGCGCCAUCAUGAACUUCGGGGGCUAUUUCAUGAUAUGGCUUGCCGUCACGGGCCGUAUUUCCAAGCCAACUAUUUGGCAGAUGUACUUUUAUAUUGCGGUGGCAGCCAACGCUCCCAACUUUUCAGCCACAAUAGCUAUUGUCAAAUCCGUCCAGAACUUCCCGGUGAGUCGAGGCGUUGUUUUGGGUCUAAUGAAGGGUCUCGUUGGGCUUGGCGUUCCUAUCAUAACCCAAGUUUACUAUGGUAUAUAUGACAAUGAUUCAAAAGGUCUUGUUCUUCUCUGUGCAUUACUCCCAACUGCAGUAUCACUCCUGUUUAUGUUCACAAUCCGGAAUCUGAAGAAUGGAAGGCAACCGAACGAGCUGAGGGUGUUCUUGAAUUUAUUUUAUUUAACAAUCUUGCUUGCACUUUUUCUCAUGGUCAUGACUUUGCUUGAGAAACAUAUUGAUCUCACCGCAGCAGUCCAUACAACAAGUGCCAUCGCAGUCAGUGUUAUCCUCUUCCUCCCGCUCCUUCUUGUCAUCAAAGAAGAGUUUUCCAUCUGGAAAGUUCAAAAACAACCACCAAUGAAUGUGAAUAUUCCUCCUACUCAUCAUCUGGGAACCAAUGAGAAACAUCCUGAUCAGCUACAAGAGAAUUCGGAGCAAAAAGGAAUGUCUUGUUUUGCAAACAUCUUCAACAAACCAGAAAGAGGAGAAGACCACACCAUCUUGCAAGCAAUUCUAAGCAUCGACAUGUUUUACAUCUUCCUUGUUACUUUAUGUGGAUACGGUUCGGCCUUAACAUCCUUUGAUCAAUUACGAGCCAUUGGAUUAUCACUCGGUUAUGAAGAUCCACUUGUCAACUCCAUCAUCACACUAGCAGGUGUGUGGAGUUAUUUUGGGAGGGUUUACUCUGGUUUCAUCUCUGAACUUCUGCUUAUGAAAUGGAAGCUUCCCCGGUCGGUGAUGAUGUCAGUUAUUCUUCUUCUACACAGCAUUGGUCUGCUCCUCGUCGCCUUCCCAACAAUCAAGGGCACAUACUACGUGGCAUCACUGAUCAUUGGAUUCACACUUGGCGCACAAGUACCAAUAAAUUUGGCAAUGAUUUCUGAGUUAUUUGGCCUCAAGUACUUUGCUACAUUGCUCAAUUGUGCACAAAUCACAACACCUCUUUGGGUGUAUCUGAUGAAUACAGAACUUACUAAAACCCUUUAUGCAACAGAGGCAAGAGAGGCAGCCAAGAAGCUGCAUCCGGGAAAUGAUCCAUCAACUUUGAAGGAGUUGAGUUGCACGGGAGACCAGUGUUUCAGGGUAUCCUUCUCCAUUUUGGCUACCAUUGCGUUAAUAGGAGCUCUUAUCUCUCUUCAAUUCGCGAGGAGAACUCGAGAAUUUUACAAAAGUGACAUUUAUAAGCGGUUUAGAGUUCAAAGAUAUAGUAGGGGUGAUACAUAUAAAAGGUUUAAAGGUGAAACAUAUGUGAAGUUUGGAAGAGGGGUAAAGACCACAGAGACUGAAAUGGUUCAAUCAUGA